AUGACGUCGCACAAUUCUACUACCACGGGUGACAACAUGCGGGAGAUUCGGAAGUGGCCAUGGAAUUUGGGUGCUAAUUUGGCUGCAACGUUUUGCGUAGCGGAAGACAAUACGCGCGCUGAUGGAUCACAGUGGGUUCCCAAGCCAUGUGAUUGUAUUUGUAGUGAUCAUUUUAUUGGAGGUAAGAAAUCAGAAGAGGAGCUAAGUCCUAGCUACAUUCCAACUAUAUUUCCUUCAAUUUACAAGUGCUCAAAAGUAAAUGAAUCCUCUGCGUUAAACAGAUAUAAGCGCGUAAUGAAUCGGCGUAUGAAAGCACAAUUACCUUCAACAUCAAAUGCUGAGUCCAAUGUUAUAGAAUCGGUAGAAGUGAUGACUGAAAAUCCUCCAGUAGUGUCUUCAAAAGUAGACCAAGGGUGUCAAAUUGAUUUUUAUUCGAACUCUGAUAUCAAUUCUCAAAUAUUUACUUGCAAUCGUUAUGUCAUAGACGAUUUAUGUCAUGCUGAAACUCAGACAGAAAUUGUUGAAGAUACUAGGUCGAUAAAAAUUCAUAUUGGUAAUAAAAAAUUUGUAGAUAAAGAAUGUGGUACUCCUAAAAAAACCUUUGUUGAUAAAGAAAGUCAAGCAAACAGUAAACAUUUGAAUGGAUUCACAUCGGUGACAAAGGAUCAAGAAAUCAUUGAUCUGGCAGGGGUAUCAUUUGAAAAUUUUGAUUUCUUGUUGACAAGAAUGUCUACGCGAAAAAAGUACAUUGUAUCGAAAGAAGAUCGACUAUUGAUUUUUUUAAUGAAAAUGAAAACUGGAUUGACAUUUUCAGCACUUGGUGUACUGUUUGGUGUUCACAGAACAACAAUUUCUACAAUUUUUUAUGAAACUUUGCAACUACUAGCUAGUGCAACCAGAAAUUUAGUAUUUUGGCCAGAUAUUGACGCUGUACAAGAAACUAUGCCUGACUGCUUUCUACCUGAUUACAAUAACACCAGAGUUAUAAUUGAUUGUACAGAAUUUCGAAUUGAUAUUCCUAAAAGUGUCGACAAUCGUUUUUUUACAUACUCCCAAUACAAAAAAAACUUCACGGCUAAAGUUCUUAUUGGAAUAACUUCUGGAGGUUUUAUUUUCUUAAGAUCUGACGUAGCUGGAGGACGGAAAUCGGAUUCUCAACUUACAAUAGAGUCUAGGCUGUUAGAUCUAUGA